AUGAGUGAUAACAAUGAGAUGGAGUCGGCACCAACUCGGUCGUCAACUUCAUCAGAAGCAGCUUCCACAGUAAGCACAACAGCGUCAACAGCAACUAGACCAACAACAUUUUCUAAGCCGUCUGGUCUUAAACCACCUUCGAAGAUAGGGAGGUUGUGUUCAAAUGCAGCACCCAAACCAGCUGUUCCAAUAUCACCGAGGGCUGGUGAGUAA